GGAGAAGAGAAGAAGAAGGAGCGAGGGAACGAGAAAGACAGUGGCCGAUUUUUUUUAAUUAUCAAUCCAAUCUCCAGACGUGCGCUGCUGCUUUCCUCCAAUCCAAGAAUUCCACUCUCUCUCUCUCUCUUUCUCCGUCUCGUAUCGGAGAUUCCCACACACCUCCGCCCGUCGUUUUCUUCUCCUCCCCCCAUUGCUCCGAAACCAACGAAAUUCUCUUUCCCUCGCUUCCCCCCUCAUAUUUGUUUCCAUAUUGUCUGUUCCGCACAUUAGUGACGUCUGAUUCAGCUUUCCAUUCCCGGUAUCCCCAAAGCUCCCCCCUAAUCUUCUUCCUUCUCUAAUUUACUCCCCGUCCCAUAAACAAUAUCAAAUCGGGAUUCCGGCGACGUUUACUGUUUUGACUCGAUCAUCAGAAGAAGAUGAACCCAAUAGGCCCUGUCGCUUUCUGAUUUUCGUUUCGAGCUUUUUCUGUCUUUUGGGUCCUUCUUCAAGUAAUCAAGUCCUCCCUUCUUGUCCCGGGAUUUCGGGACUCUCUGGGUUUCUUUCACCUUGCGAUUCUUAAUCUUGGGUUCGCCUCAGUUUUGUGUGUUAUGUCAGAUUUAUAGAGCUGUUCUGCUCUAUUCAGUUCGAAUUCACAGGAAAGCUGUGAACUUUAGGGGAGGGGGUUUUUUUUUUGAGAAGGACGCGGCGGGUUUUAAUGAACUGACUAAAUGAUCAAGAAAGGAAUGGCGAGGCACAACAGAGGAGAAGAUGGCUCAGAGAUUACCCACCUGGGCUUGCUCAAAAUGCUGCAAGUUCUCUCUUUUUUACUGGUAUUCGUUGCUGGGAUCAUUCUUGGCUUGCUAGCUAGUACUCACAUCAACAGCCUCUUCAAUUCACAGAGGGAUUUGCUUUUCACUUCCAACUUUGCUGUUACUACCACGAGCAUUUUAUCCGAUGGUAGCAGCAGCAGCAGCAAGUGCAACACAACAAAUUCGGAGCCUUGCAAUUGCAAGUCUUGUGACGGUGACAGCAAGGUUGAUUGUUUGAGCAUCAACACGUUUCUUCACCCGCAUAACUUGACGCAUGGAAUGAGUGAUCGAGAGCUUUUCUGGAGGGCUUCUUUGGUUCCUAAGAAGGAAGAGUAUCCCUUUGAUCGAGUCCCUAAGGUGGCUUUCAUGUUCUUGACUAGAGGGCCUUUGCCCUUGUUGCCUCUGUGGGAGAGGUUCUUUAGGGGCCAUGAUAAGUACUUCUCUAUUUAUGUUCAUACCGAUCCUGGUUAUGUGUUCAAUGUUUCCAGCGGUUCUCCGUUCUAUGGAAGGCAGAUUCCUAGUAAGCAUGUGGAAUGGGGAUCAGUAUUACUGCUCGACGCUGAGAGGCGCCUCCUUGCUAAUGCCCUGCUGGAUUUCUCAAACGAGCGGUUCAUUCUUCUCUCAGAGAGCUGCAUCCCUGUCUAUAAUUUCAAAACAGUCUACAACUACCUCGUCCAUUCUGAGCACGGGUUUGUGGAGGCUUAUGACGAUCCAUCCCGGUAUGGGCGUGGCAGAUACAGCAGGAAGAUGCUUCCGUACAUCUGGAUCAGACAAUGGAGGAAAGGUUCUCAGUGGUUCGAGAUGCAGCGGGCCUUAGCUGCCUAUGUGGUCUCGGACACAAAGUACCACAGGCUGUUCAAGAAAUACUGCACCCCUGCUUGCUACCCUGAUGAGCAUUUCCUCCCAACUUUCAUCAACAUGUUCCAUGGAUCAAUGAACUCUAACCGAACUGUGACUUGGGUCGAUUGGUCAUUGGGUGGCCCGCAUCCAGCAACGUACAGUGCGGUUAAUAUCACCGAAGGGUUCAUACAAUCGAUCCGGAUGAAUCAAACGCUGUGUUCCUACAAUUCGGGAGUGACCCCUAUUUGCCAUCUGUUUGCUAGGAAGUUUGAUGCAAGUGCAUUGGAGCCUUUGCUCAACCUCACUUCCAGGGUAAUGGAGUUCUGAAAGAGUGUCUUUUUUUGUUUGUUGUUACUGACAGUGGGAAUGCAGUGGGAUGGAUAGGUAAUUUUUUUUUUUUUUUUUUGAGGGGAUUAGUUCUGAGGAAGGGGGAUGAUUUUCGUUGUACAGAUAGCUAAGAGGGGAGUCUUAGUGAUAAUAUAUCAUGAUUUAAAAGUAAUGCCUGCUACUGAGCAGAUUUUUGGGGGGCUUGUAGUUGUAGUAUCAAACUGCCAAUCCAAUUUUUGAAGGGAAAGCAAGAGUUAUAAUACAGAGAGCAUGAUUGAAGGUGAAUUCUAUCAUGCUACUUGCGUUAAACUCCCAUUGCUAACAUGUUGCUUGUGUAUCAAACUUAGUGUUGUGGAAGGAGAAUUUGUUGUUUCAAGUAAUGU